AUGGCUACGAAGCGGAAGCAGGGCCAGACACUCAGCCUCAAGGGAAGCACCAAGAUCGUGACAGAGUUCUUCGAGUACUCGGUUAAUUCAAUCCUCUACCAGCGCGGCAUCUACCCUCCGGAAGACUUCAAGCAGGUCAAGAAGUACGGCUUGACACUGUUCACGAGCGCGGAUGAGGCGCUGGAGCGGUACAUCUCGAACGUGAUGAAGCAGGUGCAGACCUGGAUCCUCGCCGGCAAACUCGACUCUCUCGCGUUGAUCGUCAUGAACCGGGAUACGCGAGAAGUCGUCGAGCGGUGGCAGUUCGACAUCCAGGUUGAGGAGACGGCGGGUGAGGGAGACGGCAAGGAGAACGAGGGACCGACCGGCGCCAAGUCAAGUACGGAAAAGCCGCUUAAGCAGGAAAAGACGCCCGAGCAGGUGCAGAAGGACAUCCAAGACAUCAUGCGGCAGAUAACGUCGAGCGUGACGUUCUUGCCGUCACUCGAGGAGAAAUACGUCUUCACCAUUCUCAUGUACGCCAAGAAGGACACCGAGGUACCGAAGGAGUGGAUAGACUCGGACCCACACAUGAUCAUCGGCAACGCGGAGCAGGUCAAGCUCCGCUCGUUCUCGACAAACCGACACAAGGUACAAGGACUGGUUGCGUACCGUCUCGGGCAGGACGUCCUCUAG